CCGCCCCCCCCCGCCUCGCCCGCUGCCUCGCUGCCCGACCUGGGCGACCAGCGGGAGCGCUGGGAGACGUUUCAGAAGCGACAGAGGCUCACCUUCGAGGGCGCCGCCAAGCUGCUGCUGGACACCUUCGAAUACCAGGGCCUGGUGAAACACACCGGAGGCUGCCACUGUGGGGCGGUUCGUUUUGAAGUUUGGGCCUCGGCGGACUUGCACAUCUUUGACUGCAACUGCAGCAUUUGCAAGAAGAAACAGAAUAGACACUUCAUUGUCCCAGCUUCUCGCUUCAAGCUCCUGAAGGGAGCAGAGAGUAUAACCACAUACACGUUCAACACGCACAAGGCGCAGCACACGUUCUGUAAGAGAUGCGGCGUUCAGAGCUUUUACACUCCCCGCUCCAACCCUGGAGGCUUCGCUCCCGUUUGUUCCUCAUCUGUCUCGUGGAGAGGCCUUCCUGCCUGCCUUAAUCAAGAAAGGCUUUCGGAAGGUACAAGAUCCUAUAAAGGAAUCGCCCCCCAUUGCCUAGAUGAGGGCACCGUGCGGAGUGUGGUCAUUGAGGAAUUCAAUGGCACCGAUUGGGAAAAGGCCAUGAAGCAGCACAAGACCAUCAAGAACAUGUCUAAAGAGUGAGCUCCUGCUUCGCCCUUCCUGAAAAGGAGGAACGACAGGGGCCAGCAGCUUUGCUGUCCCCGCUGCACCUCGGUGGUGCUCGUGAAUGUGGCUGACUGGGGCCACCGGCUCCGUUGGCCAGCGGCCAUCUGGAUGUUCGCAGUUCGCUCCAGCUACCAGUUUCUUUAGGCAGCUCUUUGUCCUUCCUCAGCCCAGAUUUUGAUGUAGGCUAGUUGGUAUCCUUUCUCUUCUCAACUUUUGUGUGAUCUUUUAGAAAAAUAAAUAUUUUUAACAUGAAAGCA